AUGGCAGAAUAUACACAUUAUUUUAUACAAUAUAAUUUAACAGAUAUUUUUUAUGAAGAUGUAAAUAUUGAAAAGUAUUCAUGUUCAAUUUGUUAUGAAUCAGUAUAUAAAAAAGAAAUUUAUCAAUGUAAAGAAAUUCAUUGGUUUUGCAAAACAUGUUGGGCAGAAUCAUUGUUUAAAAAAAAAGAAUGUAUGAUAUGUAGAUGUAUAGUUAAAUCAAUUUCAGAACUAUCAAGAAAUAGAUUCAUUGAACAAGAUUUUUUAAAUAUAAAAGUUAAUUGUCCAAAUUCAUUUAAAUAUAUUGAUGAAAAUAAAAAUAAUAAUAAUAAAAUCAAAGAUUUAGAAAAUGGAUGUAAAGAUAUUAUAACAAUUGGUGAAAUUGAAAAACAUUUAAAACAAUGUAAAUUUACACAUAUAAAAUGUAAAUUUAUUGGAUGUAAUAAAAUUAUUAGAUUAAAUCAAGUUGAAAAACAUGAAAAAGAACAAUGUGAAUUUAGAUUAGAAUAUUGUAGAUAUUGUGAUACCGAUGGUAUAACAUCAAGAUCAUUAGAGAAUCAUUAUAAAGAAUGUCCAAAGUUUAUUGUGAAAUGCAGUGAAAAUGGAUGUACCGUUCAAUUGGAGAGAUCUCAAUUAGAAUCACACAUUGAAAAACAAUGCCAAAUGGUAAUGAUCGAUUGUCCAUACAAAAUAUAUGGUUGUGAACAAUCAAAUAGAUUCCCAAAAUCAAAUUUAACUCAACAUCUUAGUUCAAUUAAUCAUACACUUGCAAUGGGUUCAAUGAUUGAAUCUCAAUCAUUACAAAUCAAAGAAACCAAUAUCAAAUAUGAAAAUCUUUUAAAUAAGAUCAAUAAACUUGAACAACUUGAAACUGAAUCAAAAUGUGACCAACUCUAUGAUAAAUUUUAUCAAUUUGAAUCUAAAAUUGAUAAAAAAUUAAAUAAUCUUCAAUUAGAUUUAUAUCCAAAAGAUAAUCAACAACCACAACAAAAAGAACAAAAAGAACAAAAAGAACAAAAAGAACAACAAGAAAGAAUUAAAUUUGAUGAUUUAUUUGAAAAAGUUUCAAAAGUUAAUUCAUAUUUUAUUAAUGGUUGUUUACUUAAAUAUAAAAAUAGAUGGUCAAUUUCAAAUUAUUUAACCGAAUCAAGAAAAUAUAGAAAAAUUACUUCUCCAUCUUUUAAAAUUUAUGAUAAAAAAUUUAAAUUGGUAAUUUAUCCACAAGGUAAAGACGAUGGUUCAUAUACUUCACUUUUUUUAAAAUCUGAUUCAAUUAAUCCAAUUAAAGUAUUUUAUAAAUUUGUUUUACUUAAUUUUAAAGAUGAAUCUAAAAAUCUUAUUUUUAAAAAUAAAUCAAUUAUGGAUAAAGAAAAAUCAGUUGGUUGUCAUUAUUUUAUAAAAUCAACAGAACCUGGAAAAAAACCAGAAGUUUGGUUAAAAGAUGAUAGUUUAGUUAUAGACUUUUCAAUUGAAGUUAAUAUUAAUAACGAUAUUAAACCAUUAGAAUCAUAA